AUGGACCUUAAGGUUUCAGCAUCAUACAGUAAGUGUCGUAGGGCUCCGGAAAAAGCUACAGACGACUUGUUUGGCUCUGAUGAAGAUUCAUAUCAAAACAGAAAUCGAGGAAGAUGGUCUGAAAGAUUCUUGUACACGUUCUUGGCAUUUGGUGCAUCCAUUCAAGGCUUCAGUCAGCUGAGACGUGUUCUUGUUGUGGACGGGACGCAUCUAACUGGUAAGUACAAAGGAGUUUUGUUCACAGCAAGUGGCCAAGACGGUAACUUUCAAGUACUCCCUCUAGCGUUUGCUGUUGUAGAUAGGGAGAAUGAUGAUUCGUGGACUUGGUUCUUUGAGAAGCUUGAACGCAUCAUCGCAGACAGCAAUACCCUCACCAUCAUUUCUGACAGAUGUCAGUCCAUUUACGUUGCUAAGAAGAGGGUUUUUCCACGUGCUCAUCAUGGCGCUUGUAUUGUCCACUUGGCGAGGAAUGUGAAUGCCAAAUUUCACAACAAAGGUCUUGCCAAACUGGUCACUAAUGCUGCAUAUGCCUACACAGCUGACUCUUUCCGGACAAUUUCUGGACAAAUUCGUGGAAAAAACAUCGAAUGUGCUAAAUGGCUUGAGAAAAUCGGCACUGCUCAUUGGUCACGCGCAUAUUUUCAGGGAGACCAUUACAAUCUGAUGACUAGCAACAUAGCUGAAUCGUUGAACAAAGCAUUAUGGAAGUGUAGGGCGUCACCAAUAGUGGAGUUACUUAAGUUUAUUAGGGCUAUGUUAACACGCUGGUUCAGUGCAAGGAGGAAAAAGUCUGCAACACACAACGGAUUGGUAACUCCGGAGGUUGAUAAAGAAAUGGCAAAAAGUUGGUCACAAGUAAGGGGAAACAAGGUAGCAACUGUUGAAACCUUUUAUUAUGAAAUUGUGGGAGGGUUCACCCGGAAACACCAAGUCCUUCUGGAUUUGAACAAAUGUACUUGCAAGCAAUACGACCGACUUAAGAUCCCUUGUGGACACGCAAUGCUUGCUGCCAACUACCAAGGCAUUCCACCUACAACACUAGUAGUCGAGUACUAUAAGACUACUACAUGGGCAGCCACUUAUGCAGGAGUAAUCAACCCUGAAGUUCAUCCAAAUGAUAUUGGUAUGGCCGAUGAAUUUGUUAAGAGGGACCUACUCCCACCAAAGUCACGGCGGCCAUCUGGUAGGCCUAUCAAGACUAGCAUUCCAUCCGGUGUUCAAGAUGUUCAAGAUGCAACCUGA